UGGUGCAUUCACAUGGGAUCAUACCGGUUGUUCUCUGCAGCACUGAACACUGGUGAGAAAAAGGACUAGACUUGUAGAGGCUUGGCUUGAGGUGGGGGUGAAACUUGGCUCCUUCCCAUUUGUUAUAUCUAGGAGACUAAUAGGAGACUAAUGGGUGUUUGUAAAGUCUUUGUAACACCAGAGCCCAGGACUUGGUUGCUGCUUUUCUCCCACCGAGCCGUGUUUAUCAUAAUGAAAAGUUACAUGCUGCAAAUAAAGGAAAACAAGUUGCAUCACCUCCUGGUAUGUGGCCUGUGUGUUAAGGGCAAGUUAGGCACCUGCUUUUGUUUUCUGUGACACAGCUGGUCAGGGAAGUGGCAGCUUAGUAUCUGGGAGUGGAAACAAAAUGUCCGUCAGUGUGCAUGAGAACCGCAAGUCCAGGGCCAGCAGCGGCUCCAUCAACAUCUACCUGUUCCACAAGUCGUCCUACGCCGACAGCGUCCUCACGCACCUGAACCUUCUUCGGCAGCAGCGCCUCUUCACCGAUGUCCUUCUCCAUGCGGGGAAUCGGACCUUCCCCUGCCACCGGGCGGUGCUGGCUGCCUGCAGCCGCUACUUUGAAGCCAUGUUCAGUGGCGGCCUGAAGGAGAGCCAGGACAGUGAGGUCAACUUCGACAACUCCAUCCACCCGGAAGUCUUGGAGCUGCUUCUCGACUACGCGUACUCCUCCCGGGUCAUCAUCAAUGAAGAAAACGCAGAAUCGCUCCUGGAAGCUGGCGACAUGCUGGAGUUUCAAGACAUCCGGGAUGCCUGUGCUGAGUUCCUGGAAAAGAACCUGCAUCCCACCAACUGCCUGGGCAUGCUGCUGCUGUCCGACGCGCACCAGUGCACCAAGCUCUACGAGCUCUCCUGGAGAAUGUGUCUCAGCAAUUUCCAAACCAUCCGGAAGAACGAAGACUUCCUCCAGCUGCCCCAGGACAUGGUCGUGCAGCUCUUGUCCAGCGAAGAGCUGGAGACGGAAGAUGAAAGGCUCGUGUACGAGUCUGCAAUCAACUGGAUCAGCUACGACCUGAAGAAGCGCUACUGCUACCUCCCAGAGCUGCUGCAGACGGUGAGGCUGGCUCUCCUGCCGGCCAUCUAUCUCAUGGAGAACGUGGCCAUGGAGGAGCUCAUCACCAAGCAGAGGAAGAGCAAGGAGAUUGUGGAGGAGGCCAUCAGGUGCAAGCUGAAGAUCCUGCAGAACGAUGGCGUGGUGACCAGCCUCUGCGCCCGGCCUCGGAAGACUGGCCAUGCCCUCUUCCUCUUGGGAGGGCAGACUUUCAUGUGUGACAAGCUGUACCUCGUCGACCAGAAGGCCAAAGAGAUCAUUCCUAAGGCCGACAUCCCCAGCCCAAGAAAAGAGUUCAGUGCGUGCGCCAUUGGCUGCAAAGUGUACAUUACUGGGGGCCGGGGCUCUGAAAACGGAGUCUCGAAAGAUGUCUGGGUUUAUGACACCCUGCAUGAGGAGUGGUCCAAAGCCGCCCCCAUGCUGGUAGCCAGGUUUGGCCACGGCUCUGCCGAACUGAAGCACUGCUUAUAUGUGGUCGGGGGGCACACAGCCGCCACCGGCUGCCUCCCAGCCUCCCCCUCAGUCUCUCUGAAGCAAGUGGAACAUUAUGACCCCACGACCAACAAAUGGACCAUGGUGGCCCCACUCCGAGAAGGCGUCAGCAAUGCAGCAGUAGUGAGCGCUAAGCUCAAGCUGUUUGCUUUCGGAGGUACCAGCGUCAGUCAUGACAAGCUCCCCAAGGUCCAGUGUUACGAUCAAUGUGAAAACAGGUGGACGGUGCCGGCCACCUGUCCCCAGCCCUGGCGUUACACGGCAGCAGCUGUGCUGGGUAACCAGAUUUUUAUUAUGGGGGGAGAUACAGAGUUCUCCGCCUGCUCUGCUUAUAAAUUCAACAGUGAGACUUACCAGUGGACCAAGGUGGGAGACGUGACAGCAAAACGCAUGAGCUGUCACGCUGUGGCCUCCGGAAACAAACUCUACGUGGUGGGAGGGUACUUUGGCAUUCAGCGAUGCAAAACUUUGGACUGCUACGAUCCAACGCUGGAUGUGUGGAACAGCAUAACCACAGUCCCAUACUCCCUGAUCCCGACUGCGUUUGUCAGCACCUGGAAGCACCUGCCUUCUUAAGCGCAGUGCAUCUUACAGAAAGUGAGCACGGGCUCAAGAAAUGAUUUCUGUUUUGGAGAGGCCAACUUUAAUGAAGAGAAAGAAAAAGAAAAAAAAAAAGGAAAAGAAGUUGCUACAAGACCUGGAUUGUACGAUUGGCUGCACCUUGUAAAUGCUCUAACUGGACAUGAAGGAGGGGGUGGGGGAGGGGUGGGAUUUUCAGUGCAAGUAGCACAUGGUUUAAAUAUGAAUGAAUGAACCUGUGAUCUAGUCCUUGUCUUGUAAUUGUGGAUUAAUGUCAGCAUUAAUCAGCCCCUCAAAGGGAGAGAAAAGCCGGGGCCUUUCCGUGCUGUACCAUAUUCAGCGUCUGAUUUCCAUGGGCUCCACCAUUUAUGUGUAAAAUUUGAAAUGGUUGUCACCUCUCUCUGAGGAGCAAGCUUGAAGCCUCCUCGCCAGCUGCUGCUGGAGAUGGAAAGCCGGCUGGAGGGCCGGGAGGGAAGCUGGCGCUGGCUGCAGAGAGGAGCCCUGGGCUCGGCCAGCCUCCGAGGGGCUGUGCUCCCCGGGAAGGUUCCGAACAAUGGGGGCGUUGUUGGUAGGUGUUGGUAGACGAUCUCUUCUAUUUAUAAGUGACUUUAAACCUUCCCCGGGCUGGUAAGAAGUGUGUUCUAGAUUUAGCUAUUUAUUGUGUGAUGCCUGCAUGCUGAAACAGUGCUUACAGUUGUGUUCACGUGUGUGGACGUGUGUGAUGGUUGUAUGUUUUGCACAAUUUUCGUGGCUGUUGUGAUGUGCUCUGCUGCACAAAAAGGAAAACUUUGGAGUUACAGUUUGCAAUAUAACUGGAGGGUGGGAUGGGAAGGGGAGGGGUUUUGUAAAUGUCAAGACAGGGAAGGAUUACAAAACAGAAACUUAAAUUACACCCCAGAGGUAGGGAAGGCAUGGAGGUCACAUUUCUUAGACUCGCCAACUUUUCAUGGGGCCUCAUGGGCUCUGGGCAUGCUGAUGGCUCCUGGGGCGAUGGAAGGUUUCUUUCCACCCCCUCUCUUCCCACCUGCGUCACCUCUUUCAGUCUUGGCUACUGAAAUUUGGAAAGGACCAAAUCGCUUCGCAGGUUUUUUGUGUGUGUGUGUUUUUUUUCCCCUUUGUGUAAUAUCCUGAAAUCCUGGAAAAUUCUAUGGAAUAGUUCUGUAUAUAGGGCACAGGUAAAGACAUAGUCCAAAGUUUAUAUAUUUAUUUAUUUAUUACCCUGCGAGAAGGCCUUGCCAUCACCACAGUUAACGGGGGAAACACUGCAUUAUCACCGACGUAAGUUAAUUCAGUCCCCCGAUUUGCUGGACCUGGAUUCGUUGUUAUUCUUGCUGAACAAUUCAGCGAGGGUGACAAGUUCUCCAAGACAAGUGUGAACAUUGGUACAGUGUAUGCCCUAGUGCUCACCUGCAGGUAAGUCUCUGAAAGAACUCUUUGGUGCACAAAAGUGACACAUUUGGUUACAAAACACCACACGAUUGUGAGCAGCAGCCGCUGUUGAGGUUUUCCGGGAUAGUUGGGAAUUGGUUGUGAAUACAUUCUUUGCUAGUUUGUGAGCUUGUUUACUAAACCAAACAUGUGCUGUGAUAGGUGUUAGUAUUAGACUCAAAGAGGCACUUCCUCAGAGGUGUCUGGGGAAGGCCGGAGUUUGUAACUCUGGCACUGCUUUCACUGAUGUUUCUCACAUUACUGUACUUAAGAAAUAAGGUUUAAGACUGAUAACAACCCUUUACAUUGUGAGUGUGUUUGCAUUGUCUAAU